GUGUGUGUGUGUGUGUGUGUGUGUGUGUGUGUGUGUACGUGCCAAUAAAGGCGUCUCAUUUGUGUUAAAAGAGCAGCGCAGUCAGAAUGAUGCUGCAACUACAGCGCAACUUCAGCAGUUUUUUUUAGGAAACCUCACUCUAGCAGGUGAAAGAUGUUUGGAGGAUUUCUACAAAUGCUCAAGAAGAGGAAGGAGUUAAUUCCUCUGAUUGGGAUUGUGGGAUGUGCGGCAGCUGGAGCAACAGCAACCUCCAUUUACUUCUUACUGACCAAACCGGAUGUGAUUUUAAACAAGACUUCAAAUCCAGAGCCCUGGGAGACAUUAGAUCCGUCAAAACCACAGAAGCUCAUAACUAUUAACCAGCAGUGGAAACCAGUGGAGGAGCUGGAGCUGGUGAAGAAACUGACCAAAUGAUCUGCUCUCAUUGUGUCCUCUGAGUGUUCGUGCUGUUUUAAUUGGGAUAUUGGUUCUGUUUUCUGAACUGUUUCUGCAUGUGCUGGAUUGUAUUGUAAACAUGCACUGUGCCUUCCAUUACCUGUGUACUGGAUUUAAACUGAAAUAAAUUAAUGCUAUAAAUAAAACAAGAA